GGAAGCGUCUUGAUUCAUUCUCGCCGCCCCGUCCGUGGGAUUUUCCUCGGGGUUGCUAGGAGCUGCGCUUAAACUCCGCAUUCGCGGUCUUGCCGGCUGCAGGGGAGGAGGGAGUCGGCGCGAGGGAGCCUGAAUUUCGGGCUCGCCCUCGCCUUUUCGUCGUGCGCGGGAGCAGACCUCGGGAUUUUCCCCCUCCCGCGUUUAAACGGCUUUUCUUUCAUCCCGCCUCCCGCGUGGUCGGGAUCAAAAGGCGAGGCUCGGGUUGGGGGUGUGUGGAGGAGAUCACCCCAUCGUUGCUUUGGGGUCCUUCGGAGCUGGGGGGAAGAAACAUGGAGGCGGUGAUCGAGAAGGAAUGCAGCGCCCUUGGAGGGCUCUUCCAGACCACCAUCGGCGACAUGAAGGGAAGUUAUCCAAUUUGGGAAGAUUUCAUAAAUAAAGCAGGGAAACUCCAGUCUCAACUUAGGACAACGGUCGUAGCAGCAGCUGCCUUCUUGGACGCCUUUCAGAAAGUAGCAGACAUGGCAACCAACACACGUGGUGCUACCAGAGAAAUCGGCUCUGCUUUAACCAGAAUGUGUAUGAGGCAUCGAAGCAUUGAAUCCAAGCUCAGGCAGUUUUCAAGUGCUUUAAUUGACUGUCUGAUAAACCCACUUCAAGAGCAGAUGGAAGAAUGGAAGAAAGUGGCCAAUCAGCUGGAUAAAGACCAUGCAAAAGAAUACAAAAAAGCUCGCCAAGAAAUAAAAAAGAAAUCUUCAGAUACAUUGAAGCUUCAGAAGAAGGCGAAGAAAGCAGAGGCACUGGGUAGAGGAGAUAUCCAACCUCAGCUGGACAGUGCAUUGCAGGAUGUGAAUGAUAAAUAUCUUCUUCUUGAAGAAACGGAGAAACAGGCUGUUAGAAAAGCACUGAUUGAAGAGCGUGGCCGAUUCUGUUCAUUUAUUUCUAUGCUGCGUCCUGUAAUUGAAGAAGAAAUAUCAAUGUUGGGAGAAAUAACUCAUCUACAGACCAUAUCAGAAGAUCUAAAAAGCCUCACUAUGGAUCCCCACAAGCUGCCGUCAUCAAGUGAACAGGUAAUUCUCGAUCUGAAAGGUUCCGAUUACGGCUGGUCCUAUCAGACACCUCCUUCUUCUCCCAGUACCACCAUGUCCAGAAAAUCCAGUGUCUGCAGCAGUCUGAACAGUGUAAACAGUAGUGACUCCCGGUCAAGUGGCUCGCAUUCUCACUCACCCAGUUCACACUAUCGCUACCGCAGCUCCAAUCUGCCUCAGCAGGCACCAGCGAGGCUCUCCAGUGUGUCCUCGCACGACUCUGGAUUCAUGUCCCAGGAUGCUUUUCAGUCCAAGUCACCGUCUCCGAUGCCACCUGAAGCCCCCAACCAGCAGAAUUCGUCCAGCUCAGCCUCUUCUGAAGCCUCUGAAACCUGCCAGUCAGUGAGCGAAUGCAGCUCCCCCACCUCUGUCAGUUCAGGCUCCACCAUGGCAGCUUGGGCCUCCACAGAAAAGUUGUCUAAUGGGUAUUAUCACUGUAGUUUACCAAAUGGCUCAUCUUUAGCCCCAGUUGGUGCAGGUUCUUUCCCUCACAUUCCGUCUGUCUCUCACGCAUGGACCCGGGCUUCCUCCUCCACCCUCCUUCCAGACUACGUUCAUUAUUACACCAUUGGGCCAGGCAUGUUACCAUCAUCUCAGAUUCCUAGCUGGAAGAAAGAUCUGGAGCCACAUCUCCAUUCCUAUUUCAUCAACUUGAAGGAUUGGGCUAAACCUGGUCCUUACGACCAGCCCAUGGUAAACACUUUGCAACGCCGGAAGGAAAAACGAGAAGCAGAUCCUCCCGGGGGGGCUCAGAGUGGGCCACCUCUGUCCACAGAAGACCCUCAGAGGCCCCGGAGCAUGACUGUAUCAGCUGCCCCAAAGCCAGGAGAAGAGAUGGAGGCAUGUGAAGAGCUGGCUCUGGCUCUGACUCGAGGGCUGCAACUGGACAUUCAGAGGAGCAGCAGGGAUUCCUUGCAGUGCUCCAGUGGCUACAGCACCCAGACAACCACGCCUUGCUGUUCUGAGGAUACCAUUCCCUCACAAGUUUCAGAUUAUGACUACUUUUCUGUGAGUGGGGACCAAGACACAGAGCAGCAAGAAUUUGACAAGUCUUCAACUAUUCCAAGGAACAGCGACAUCAGCCAAUCCUACCGUCGAAUGUUCCAUGCGAAGCGUCCCGCUUCCACUGCGGGCCUCCCAACCACGCUUGGCCCUGUGAUCGUUACACCGGGCGUAGCCACCAUCCGGCGGACCCCUUCUACCAAACCAGUGGUAAGGCGCGGGACCAUAGGAGCGGGGCCAAUUCCAAUUAAGACCCCUGUGAUUCCCGUUAAGACUCCAUCUGUGCCGGACGUACCAGGAGGACUUCCAGGUUUCCCAGGAGGGACAGAAGAAAGCUCCGAACAAAGUCCCGAGGCUGGAAGUAGCGGCACCCCCAUGGUAUGUACAUCCUCCUCGUGGAGUGGGCAAGCACCUGCCAGCCUUCCUCCCACCAGUCAGAAGCCAAGCAGCGCAGAGGAUCAGAGACCAGGAGCUGCUGAAAGUGAGGGAGAGGAGAACGAAAGGGAAAGCUUGAACAUGGCUGCUCCUCCAUGCCAGCCCGUGCCUCAUUUGGGUGGGCAGAACCCAGCGGAGACCCCGCAAGGCGAAGACAUGCUGAAUGCUAUCCGCAGGGGCGUUAAGCUGAGGAAGACCACCACGAACGAUCGCUCAGCACCCCGCAUUUCCUAGAUGCUGAAUCACCGCCCAAGUCGAGUGAAAAGAGACGGAUCUAUCUGAUGAAGUCAACUUUGUGUCUCUGUCCAUUCACUGUACAAUCAAGAUUUUCUAGGAAGUGCUGGGAGAGACAGCUGGCAAUGGUCUCUAAAAUGGAGGGAAAGGUUAGAAUUGGCCAACUGAAAUGCUUAUAGGAACAUCUUCCUGACUAUUAAUUUUUUUUUUGUAAAGGUGGCUGAUUAUUUUUUUCCCCUGCACAUUUUUAAAUUCUGAGUUCCUCUUUUAAUUUUUUUCCCAAAGGUGCCAAAAUCCCAUUUAACUUUUUAAUAACUCUUUGUAAAAUGUAUUAUUCACAAAAGGAUGAUUAUAAAAAAAUGUCAAGUAGUUAAAUUUCAGCAAGGGUGGGGGUCCAGUGGAAAUGCACUCUCCUUCUUGAAAGUUUUUGUAGAGCACCUUGUCUGUAAUAGUGGGGGUCCCGAAUCAGUGUUCGUUUUCUUGCACAAAGUUCAUGGCAAGAACGCAACUCCUCACUGAAAUACAGUGACCUGUUCUCCUGUUGCAAAGGCAGGAAACAGAAGCUGAUUAAAGCAAUAUAUAAUGGAAGAGAGAGAGAGAGAGAACGACUGUAAUUAGUUAAUCUUUAGGGAUUACGAGGGGAGGGGCUUAAUUUGUUGCACAAACGUAGGCUAGCAGGUAGUUUCAUGGUAAAUACGUCCAAAUAAGCCAUAAAGAAUUACAGUGUUCAUUUAAGUAAGGUGUUUUAAAGACUUUGGGGUGCUGCCUGCUAGGAAUUUUUCCUAUGUUGGCCCCAUGAAAUCCGAUUGGAGCCAUGUUAAGAUUUCUUGCCUCUGUAAACCGCAUGGUGUGCUUUAAUUUCUGGUCAUCGUGAGACCUCGGUAUCAGUUUAUACCAUCUUACAACAGGCUUAAACUUUGCAUUCCUCUCUUCACUUUGUGUUCCUUAAAAGAAAUAAACAGAACAUGACAUAAAAUAGAUGACGUGAAGGCAGAAGGGUGUAUACAUUGUUAAAAAAAAAAAAAAAAAAAAGCAAAAAAAUUUUAAAAAAAACCAGGGAGUUCUUAGUUAUAACUUUAUACCUUUUACUGGCUGCGCCCAGCAGGCUGGGUUGCCAAAUAAAUGGGAAAAGCCCCCACUACUUUUGACAACACAACUCAUAGAUGGACGGGCAACCAACUGGGAACUCCAGUAAAACUGCAAAUGUUACUUUUCAAGGGACUGUUUUUUUUGAAAUGGCAGUUUGGGUUGGUUUUUCCUAAAUACAAGAUUUGGGGAUAGGGGAGGGCUGGGAACAUUCUUCGGGUUUUAUUUAUUACAGUGGGAGGGGCAUUCACAACUAGUUUCCUUUUUAUUAUUUUUUUUCCCACAAUUAUUUGGGGGGAGCACUGUUGAUAAAUUUAUAAAUAAGAUUUUCUUUUCUUAACAUGAACAUUGCUGUGAUAUUUCCAUUUCAUGGGGUCCGUAGAAAUGUGCAUAACUCAGGCACCACCGGUGUUUAGGUUCUGUGGUUUUUUUAAAGCAUUCUGCAGUCUAACUGGAUACCGUCUGCCUUAUUUCUACAUGGGCAAUGCUAGCAGAAUUUUUGACGACAGAGGAGCGUGUUCGUGGUUGCCGUGAGGCACCACGCAUCGUGGAAGGGGCUGGGUUGUGAGUGUGCACAAUCUUCUCCGCCACGGACACUCGGGAGACUCGUAUUGGCUGCCAUCUUGCCUACGUAACUUCUUAUGCUUUAAAUACGUAACUGCAUUGGACGUGAGAUGUAUUGUAAACCUGUUAUAGUCACUGUGUUCUAUAUACAUUUACACAGCUGUGGUUGCUUAACACUUUCUUUAUGGCGUCAGAAGCGAAAAGGAAAAAAGGCAUGAUCCAAAAGAAUAAUUAGCUUUCCUUCCUACAAAAAAGAAAGUGCCUGUCACACUAGCCCGCUUGUCCGGGAAGAAAGAGCGGAUGCUCUCUGCAAAUGAUGCUCCGAGAUUUCAUUUUUCUUACCUACUUGUAAAGGGGAAGAAAAAUGGACAAAAAGGGUGCAGGCUGACAAGGUGAUUUUUCUAAGCUGCUUUUUUUUUUUUAAGUGUUUCUGUUAAGGGCUCGAGCACGCCCUGGUGUUACCCCCAUUGCUUUCAGCGAGGCUCAUACGGGAGAUGCUCCUGAAAAAUCACGUCUAAAACAUGUUUAGAAAACUUCUUGGAUGCAGCCUCAUUUCUUUAAACACCAGAAUUAAAUCUCAGUUGAAAAAUAACAAUAAACUAUUGCCAAAAUUCAAUGUUAAAACGUAGCAAACCAUUUUGAAUAGUUCUGUUGCGGUAUUUUUGGGGUUUUUUUGGGAUUUAUUUUCCUUUUCUUUUUUGUGUUCCUUGCCUAUUGUAACAGCAGCGUCACAAUGUAAAAUGUUUCUAAUGGUAAGUUCUUGUGGUUUAGUUGCUAGUUUGUACCGAGAGUUGACCUCUCUCCCAUGCAGUGUUUUUGUUCCGAACUGCUAAAAAUAAAAAUAGCUGUUAACUGUGCUUCCCUUCUACCUUGUAACGAAUGCUUCAAGCCUAUAUUACAAAUAAAGACCUGCUGAUAAAUCUG